AUUCCUGGACGAGGCGCUCUCUCUCGUCAACGGCGAGGCGACAAGUCAAGUACCAGUGAUCAUUCGCAAUGCCAGCAACAGGAUCAAUAAGCCCAGCACUCGCAGUGACUUCGACCAGCUUUACCUCUACAGCAAACCCAAAAAGCCAGGGUUCAAAAAGCGCGUGGUGCACUCAUCAAAAAGGUGUGAUAUGAAGGAAGGUCUGUUUUCUCUGUUUCCAAUCACUGAUUGGCUGUACAACUACCGCUGGAAAAACGAUACAUUCCCAGAUUUGAUAUCAGGUGCUACAGUUGCAAUCAUGCAUAUACCACAUGGUAUUGCAUAUUCUAUGCUAGCUGGGGUUCCUCCAGUGGUUGGCAUCUAUAUGGCGUUUUUUCCAGUCCUCAUUUAUGCUUUAAUGGGCACUUCAAGACAUUUAUCAAUAGGAACUUUCUCUGUUGUGUGUAUGAUGACAAGUAAAGCAGUUCUAAUGUAUUCAGAAACAGAAAAAAAUCCAAAUAAUUCAAAUUUUACGCUAGUGGGAAUAAGUAUGGCUGAAAAUCACUCAAGUUUAUCACCAACCCAAGUAGCAUCAGCUGUUUGCUUUGUUGUGGGGUUUUGGCAGGUGGUAAUGGGAGUUCUUAAAAUGGGUGUAUUAAGUGUUCUGUUAUCGGAAACGUUAGUAAGUGGAUUCACCACAGGAGCUGCGAUUCAUGUAAUCACUUCUCAAAUUAGCAAAUUCUUCGGAAUCAAAUUACCUAGGCGCACAGGAGCUCUAAAGAUUAUCUAUUCUUAUUAUGAUCUGUUUUUCCACAUAACAGAGGCGAAUCUUGUGACUGUUGGUAUAUCUCUUGCCACAAUCGUCAUCUUAACUAUAUGGAAUGAACUUGUAAAACCUCGUAUUGAAAAGAAGCUUCCAAUUCCUAUACCAAUAGAACUGUUUGCUGUUAUCAUUGGUACAGCUGUUUCUUACUUAGCAGGAUUUGAAGAAUUUUACAAAGUCAAAACAAUUGGCCAUGUCUCAACAGGGUUACCAUUACCAGAAAUUCCACCUUUAGCUCUUUUCCCCCAUCUUCUUGUUGAUGGAUUGGUUAUUUGCCUCGUGGCCUUUUCCAUAAAUAUGUCAAUGGCCAAAAUUCUUGCACGAAAAGCUGGGAACUAUUCUGUAGUGGCAAAUCAAGAACUCUUGGCUGGGGGGUGUGCAAACCUGUUUGGGUCUUUAUUUGGAUGCGUCCCCACAGCUGCAUCACUUUCAAGGAGCAUGAUUCAGCUGAAGGUUGGUGGAAAGACACAAUUUGCCAGUUUCUUUUCAUGCUUCAUACUUCUUUUUGUACUCCUCUUUGUUGGGCCACUUUUCCAGCCUUUGCCAAAUUGUGUUCUAGCAUCCAUUGUUGUUGUGGCCCUUAAGGGCAUGAUUAUGCAAGUGAAAGAUCUCUAUCAAGCUUGGAAGCACUCCCAUGCAGAUGCAUUAGUGUGGUUGGGUUCAUUUCUUGGAGUUGUUCUCCUUGACAUUGACUAUGGCCUAGGUAUUGGAGUCUCCCUAUCUCUUUUGACCUUAGUCAUCAGAGGACAAAAGCCACUUCUCAGAGUACUUGGCAAUGUUCCGGGCACUCAACUAUAUUUAGACAUCAAAUGUUAUCAAUCUGCUGUUGAAAUUCCUGGUGUGAGAAUUAUUCAAAUUGCUGGUGGGUUGCACUUUGCAAAUAAUGAAUAUUUUCAACAUAAAAUCUUAUCUCUUAUGGAAGGGGGAAAACAUGAUAAAGCCCUUCAUGACAAUCAUAUUGGUUCCAAUCCAACAACAAUUGAAACAAACAAUCAUUCAAAGCCAUUAUGUUUGGUACUGGAUAUGGUUUCAGUUUCCUUUGUUGAUCCAUCAUCAGUGAAAGGGUUACUUUCUUUACACAAAGACAUUCAAGAACAAGGCCGUAUAUUGUGCCUAACAAACUGUUCAUGGAACGUGUAUGAAAGCUUCAAUAAAUGCAGUUUUUUUAAAGACUUCCCUGAUUCGUACUUAUUUUCUUCAGUUCAUGAUGCUGUUGUGUUUAUAUCAAGGCAGUCAGUAAUGUUGUGAUAAAUAUAAUACGUGGCUCUCUUUUGGAUCUGUCACAUGUGUUCUAAUUCAACGAUCUUUGUAGGACAUAUGCAAAUGUGGGUUUCUUGUACCUAUUUAUUUUCCUAUUUAUAUUUCUCUCUGUGAUUUAGUAAAUUUGCUAAAGAAAAUGCGUACAUCAAUUUAAUCAACUGGUGAACCUUGGGACUUAAUGUUUUUGUAGAGUUGUUGUGUGAUUUUUUAUUUCUCUUCCGUAUGGAAUGCUUAUAGUGAGAAAUGAUAUCAAAAAGAUAUGUACAUCAGAAAUGUUUAUAUUUUUGUACCAGAUUAAUCAAAAUGUUAUCCUAAAACUGACCCAUAUAUGAAGUUUGCUAUCAUCGAUUCACUAAUUUAAAAAAAUUCUCACUGGUUGGUUCACUUAAAACCAGAACUUACUUUGAGUUGCAGACAACCAUAGUUGUGCUCACUUAAUUAUCUUUAUGUGGCUAUUGUUCUUAAACAUCGCAAACAGUGUGAAAAAAAUCUUUGUUUAAUACUUAUUCAGAGGCUGUGGAUUUGUUACGGGCACAGUUUGUUUAUUGUUGUUAAAGCUGAUCUGCAUAUUUAUCUAUUUUUUAGCAAGCCAUUUGCAUGUACAUAGAAAUGCUGGUAUUGUGCUGAAAUUAAAAGAGAUUUAUAAGUUCAGUGUGGACCAGUUUUCUAGUCUCAUAGCACGCGUUUUUUCCUACGGAAUUCAGGGUGGAGUGUUUCCUUUGUCAUCUUCUAUAGUGAGGUUUUGUAGUACUUUAUGGUGCAUAAUAUUAAUGACAUGCCCAUUUUUGUGCUCCCUACAAAAUCGUUAAAUCACAGCAUUUGUAUCUUAUUAAAUGUAUGUAUUGUUCCAAACAGUAUUAAUUCUCACUUGUCUGAAUACCACACUAAUGCUGUGAAUUUUAAAUCAUAGUCUUGUCUUGAAAUAGUUGGUCCAUCAGAUUGACAAAUAGAGUGGUGCUGCAAAUUAUAACCACUGUGUCGAAGAUGGUGGUUUCAUGUUUUAUUGCUGUUAUUUAUAGGAAUCUGAAUGACUGGUGCAGUAGGUCCAGCUGGAAAUGGCUGUGCUAUUUUUAUUUUUUUAAAGUAUGUGUUGAUGUUAUAUUGUUUUACAUACUGUGCCUUGAGGAAUGGAAAUUUUAGAAGUAAUAAAGACAUUUAACAGGAA